AUGGCCUUCAUCGCUGCCCGAACGAAAAUCCCAGUACCUCGUGUACAUUGUUCAUUUACUCGUCGAAACGUCACAUACAUUGUCAUGGAGCGCAUGCGUGGAAAAACGCUAGCUGAUGCCUGGCCGAGCUUAUCUGACGCGGACGUGGAGCGUAUUCUUUUGCAACUGCGAGGUAUGCUCGAUGAGCUGCGUGCAGUCCCAGCGCCUGGAACUGCAAUCCAGAGCUGCAUAGGAGGCUCACUGCGUGAUUCUCGCAUUCCUCGGCCGGAGCCAAGGUUUGGGCCGUUUUCUACAACACACGCCUUUCAUGAAUGGCUAAGAGAGGGGCUUGGGCCAGAAGAAAAGCCGCGUUACGUUGACGACGAGGAGUGGACCGAUAUCAAGUACAUGAUUGCCAUGCAGAAUCGGGACUGUGAAAGCCCAGUAUUUACCCAUGGCGAUCUUAACCCUUUCAACAUUAUCGUGCGGGAUGGAAAUAUUGAGGCUAUCAUCGAUUGGGAAUUUUCAGGAUGGCUUCCUCCUUACUGGGAGUAUACGUCUGUUUGGCUUGGAAACAAGAUUAGAGGAGCAUGGCAACAAAUGGCGGCAAAGUUCAUUGACCCGAUGACUUUCCUCUCUGUCCUGCUCGCAGCUUCGGCGCUACUACUCACACAUGUCUAUCUCAAGCUUCGGCAACGGCGGUUCAAGCAAUUCGCUCAGUUGCCGCAACUGCCGACAUCGCUUGUAUGGGGUCAUUUGCGUCUGUACAGCGAGUUCCGCUCCAGGGGCCCCAAAGAUCGACAUCCAGAACUCGUUUUCAAGGACAUGCAUGACGCGCUGGGCAAGCCGCCCCUCAUGUUCGUCGACAUGUGGCCCGCCAGCAAACCCGUCGUGCUGCUCACCAGCCACGAAUUGGCCGAACAGAUGGCCAGAUCCUCGUCGAAAUUUCCAUUCAGUCCGCCCAAGGCGUCUCCCAUAAAGGACCUGGUGCAUGUCACAGGAGAGAAGUCUAUCCUGACGUCCGAGGGCCCAGAAUGGAAACGGCUCCGCUGUGAGCAACGCGUGCGAUCAGCUGCUGACGUUCUUCUUCGCCGGGCACGAUUCGACCGGCGUGCUCCUCUCGUGGAUAUUCUAUGA